GAUGAAUCAGUGCUGACACGUUGCCAACAUAUUGAUCGUAAACAUUUUAAAUCUGUCAUCGCUGCUGCUAAAAUCCGCAAAAUGUGGCACCAGCACGUGUGCUUGUUCGGUUGUCUAAUCGCUCUUUUAAUAAUUAUCCAAACAUUGCACUUAAAUCAGACACAGUUACCUUCGUGGACAGAUACGGAAUAUCCAAAUCUUCAGCUACCAGUAGAAGGGCGGCUAACACAGCUGUUUAAACGCAAAGUACUCUUGCAAUUUCUUGGCUCAGGAUUAUGUCUUAUCUACUGGUCAGUGACAUAUACGAUGGCCACAUUUCCGAAGCUCACGAUGAAAAGCAACUGGAAUUCUGCCACUACAUCUACCGCAAUUCUGUGGCGUUUCAUAGUGAAGCCCUACCUGAUUGGAUGCUUCUUUCACAGCAUCUAUUUUCUGUUGUUGAUUCUGCAUGAAACAGGUACCCUGAAACCGGAACUGGAAAUCCAAUGGCGCAACGUUCUUGAUCGGAUUCGACACAACAGUACCAACAGUCAUGAAGUCCGUCUGCACAUGAACAGACUGGAAAGAAUUCAAAGGAUAUUUCGGUGUUGUGGUGCACAUUCGCUAGCUGAUUGGGACGGAGUCGAUCCUCAAGGCAUUGGACUGAAUCAUCUUUGGACAGCAUCUAAACACAUGUUCCGGCCUUGGAAACAGGUGGUAAACUAUGUGCCUCCAAGUUGUUGUGACUCCGAGCGCACUGCGCUGUGCACAGCGGAUAUACUUCAAACCCACCAGUUACACAUGGUUGAUCAGGAAAGUAGAGCAUACAAUGAGCAUAUACCCGUAUUCCGUAGGGGCUGUGUUCAUGUGGUAUCGGAAGAAUUGGAAACAAAAUUGGAAGAAAUAUUCUUGAUGACACUUCUACCCAACGUAUUCCUUCAUGCUGUUCAACUGUGUUGUUGCUUUUUUGCCUAUAAUGUCAGAAAGCCUGAAAAAGUAACUAACUUCACAGGCAACAACAUUAACCAGUCCGCCGAUGAUGAUAACUUUUCCGAAGUAUCGGAGGAAAGCGAAGUCUCUUGGAGAACAAAUGAACCAUACCCUGAAGAACAGCUAGCAACGGACCGUCAAGAAUCUGAUAAAUGGAGUAAACCCCGUCAGACGAAGAGAAGGCUCAGUCAACCGGCACACUCAAACGGUUUGUUUAAUGGACCGUGGGGGUAUGUGUCCAAUAAAAGACUUCUAGCAGCUUGUCAGAAUUUCGCCAUUUACGGUCAAUUGUCUCAGGUGCAGAGUGCAUUUUGGAAAAUUCGGGCCAGGUGGUUGGAACGUGGAAUUCGUAUCGGCUGGUCACUGACUGACCGAAGAAAACACUAUGCGACAUUCCUGCGCCGCAUAAACUGGAGAAAUAAGUACAGGCCAUGUCAACUUGAGUGGAGCUCUUUACGUCGCUGGUUACGUUGUCGAUUACCAUUAAUAGAGGCUGCACUGUACGCGGACGGAAAUGUAAUCCGUGAAAUAGAGGGGAACGCGGUCUACAGAGGCUUGACUGCUCAUCUAAUACGCAUUAUCUGCUCUCUGUGUCUGGGAUAUGUUGUUUCUUAUGGGUUGAUUCGUGCGUUUGUGCCGAAGCUUGAACAGCCAGAGUCCGGCACCUCCACACCCGUAGAUAUUGAGGAGAAACUCCAGCGCAAUGCGUAUGAGGCGGCUAGAGAGGUCGCUUCGAUUACCGCGCUAUUCAUUAGGAUAGUAGUCAUGUUUGGAUCCGUCGUGUCAAGACGCGUUCGCUGUAUGCUACUUCUGCUAGUUCCGAGUCUGGGACUGACGGUUGGACGAUCGUACCUUGGAGCAGAAUUGGUCCACACGAUCCUCAUCGGACCAGCAGCUACGACAGAACGCAAUUUGCGUGCUUCGGCCAAAACGCUUCAAUGCCUGAUGGAAUUAGCAGAGAAUAUAACCAGAGAUGCGAAACAGUUUUACGAGGAAAGUAAAGAAGCAGUACAACUGGACAAUUCCAAAGAUUUUUACGAGACAAUCAAAGGUCGCUCACUGCAAUUUGUAGAAACUAUAGAACAGUACAGAAAGUCAGUCGACAAACUCAUGAAAGAGGUGAGCAAACUUCGUUUGACAAUCUGGUCACUGCGGUAA